CUGUGCGAGCAGAGAGUUUUUAGGGAGUCGAGUUCGACUGAGAUAUCUGUGGAGUGAGAGAAGACUGAGGUUUGAGAGAUAUCGGGGAUUGGAGGUGGACUCAUAAGUUGAGGGAAUCGUGGGAUUGAGGUGGCUCAAAGUUCCUAUUUUCCAAGCUUUUCAAAUAUGAAUCAUGGACCUGUGAUUCAAAUCUUACUGAUGUAAGUUUUUAUGUUUUCAAUUGGUUCUCGAUGUUUUCUCCACCUACACUGAAAGUAUUACUUUGCAUCUUUUUGUUUAUGUGCUUCUCUUUCUUGGAACUUCAGGUUUUUAGGGAAUCCACCUACACUGCACAAAUUGUUUGACAGUUUUACUGGGUUUCUCAAAUUCCUUUUGUUUAUGGGUUUCUCAAAUUCCUUUUGUUUAUGGGUUUCUCAUCUGUAUCUAAAUUCAAUAUGGCUUUGUUAUAUUUUAAUAUCUACAGGGGAAUCUUUCACAUAUUGGAUUGGGUUUACAUUGUAAAUGCUCACAUAAUCUCUGGUAUUAGAAUCGUGGGUGGACUAAAAUUUAAGGUCUGUAUCGAUAGGACAGCAAUACAACACUCCUCAUUCUGUAAGUUUUUUUUUCAUGUUACCAUUCAUCAUUUUCAAGUUGCCAUUCACUUCAGCCGCAUCUUACAGGACAUAUGUACGACAUCGCGAUGCAACCUGCAGAUCCAAUUCACAUAUCUUUCAACAGCGGUUCAGGCGCAUUAGAACAGAGCCAACAGUUUUCGUCGUUCAUCACAUACAACCUGCAAACGAACAACCAACAACAGCAUCAUCAUUCAAAGCAGAACAACAACCUUCAUCAUCACUAUCGGGCUUCUUAAUUAUUGCCUUGCUGAACUGGGAGGGAAAGUGGUGUAUGGUGGCAUUGUUAACAUCAGACGCAAUCCCGAAACUGGAGUCAAUGAAUUUAGUGCAGCUUGGCAUUGACUAUGAGCAGGACUGACGCACCCUCCUACUACAUGCCCCAUUCCAUCUACUUUACUACAGCUUAUUGAGAGCAUGGUAACAUUGACAGAUUGCACAGCCUGGAAGUUGUAUCAAGUAAGUAGCAUUUGAACUGUCAAUGAUUAAAUGUUUUUUGCAUCUCUUUCUCACUCAUAUAAUUGAUUUGUAUGUGAUUUAUUUGUAUGGUUAUGUUGAUAAGGUGUGUGGAAUUUAUUAUAUAGUAAA